GGUAUAAUUUGCCGGCGUUUCGAGUAAUCGCUAUUCGGGAACGGGAGCUAAUCAGAAAUAGUGAAGCGGCCACCGGUAAACGCUUUCUUUGUCGGCCUAAAACCCUAGACGCUAAACAGAGAACAAGGCUCCAACAAGCGCUGUGAUUCUUCGACAGGAUGAAGGCACUCUCCGAGCUUAACGACGACAUUGUUCGUAGCAUGACAGUAGGAGCCGUCUUCUCUGAUUUUGGUGGAAAGAUAAGUUCACUUGAUUUUCAUCGGACUGCUGAUCUAUUGAUAACUGCAAGCGAGGAUGAUUCUGUUAGACUUAUUGACAUUGCAAAUGCCAAACUGUUGAAGACCACAUAUCAUAAGCAGCAUGGAGCUGAUCAAGUAUGCUUUACCCAUCAUCCUAGUUCUGUUAUAUGCUCUUCAAGACACAAUAUUGCCACCCAUGAAGAAUCAUUGCGAUACCUAUCCAUGUAUGAUAAUCGGUGCCUCCGUUACUUUAAGGGACAUAAAGAGAGGGUUGUGUCACUGUGCAUGUCUCCCGUUAAUGAUAGCUUUAUGUCUGGUUCUCUUGACCACUCUGUCAGAAUAUGGGAUCUCCGUGUAAAUGCUUGCCAGGGGAUUAUGCAUCUUCGAGGCAGGCCGACAGUUGCUUAUGACCAGCAAGGUCUUGUAUUUGCAGUAGCAAUGGAAGGUGGCGCCAUCAAAUUGUUUGAUUCUAGAUCAUAUGAUAAGGGACCCUUCGAUACAUUCCUUGUUGGCGGGGAUACUGCAGAGGUUUGUGAUAUAAAAUUCAGCAAUGAUGGCAAAUCAAUGCUUUUGACGACUACAAGCAAUAACAUUUAUAUCCUUGAUGCUUAUUGUGGAGAGAAGCGAGGUGGAUUUAGUGUAGAUCCAUCUCCAAACACAACAAUAGAGGCAACCUUUACUCCAGAUGGACAAUACGUUUUGUCAGGCUCUGGGGAUGGCAACUUGCAUGCUUGGAACAUCAAAAACCCAAAUAAGGUGGCUUCCUGGGAUAGCUAUGUAGGCGUUGCAUCUUGUAUGAAAUGGGCUCCAAGGAGGGUAAUGUUUGCAGCUGCAUCUUCCAUUCUUACCCUUUGGAUACCUGAUCACUCAAAGCGACCGACUGAUUCUGGCACAACUCAUCCUGAAACCGCAGCACAUCCUGAAGAAAUCAUUCAAUGAAGUGCUGACCAUUCAUUUUUCCUUCCCAGUAAAGUUUUAUGCUUUUCCCAUCUUAUGGGCACACAUUUGAACAGAUACUACAAUGUAAUAGAGUUAGUAGCAUUAAAAAAAAAAAAAAAAAUCUUAAGGGCACACAAAUUUAAGAUGUAGGCAAUGUAUUUUCUCCCAA